UAGGCAGUAGCCGUCAAAAUGGCACGUCAGCAGCAAGAUGUCGAUGAGCUUUUCGAGAUUAAAAACGCGUUUUACGUUGGAAAUUACCAGCAGGCAAUCAACGAGGCACAAAACCUAAACCCUUCAACUCCCCUGCUUGCGCUGCAACGGGAUGCCUACUUGUACAGGUCUUACAUAGCUCAGGGAAGCUUCAGAAUAGUGUAUCAGGAGCUAAAGACCGCAGAUCCACUGCUGCAACCACUGAAGACCUUGGUGGACUAUCUGUCACCCGGAGCCAACAAACCUGCCAUUGUUGCUGAUAUUGAUGCUAGGGUUAACAAAGGUACAGAGCUGUCAAAUGAGAUCUUCCUCAUUGUUGCGGCGUCCAUCUACUACCAUGAAGAUAACUAUGAAGCCGCCUUGAAAAUUCUCCAUGGAGCUGAGUCUUUGGAGCUCCGUGCAUUCACACUGCAGUGUCUGCUCGCUAUGAACCGGCCCGACCUUGCUCGGAAGCAGCUGAAGCUGCUGCAAGAUAUUGAGGAUGAUGCAACACUUACACAGCUGGCGCAAGCCUGGCUCAACCUGUCACAGGGUGGACCAGGUGUGCAGGACGCGCACUACAGUAUACUGGAGUUGUCGGAGCGACUCGGCGCUCUAGGCGCGGGACCCGCCGCGGUCGGCGCCGCCGCUGCCGCUGCUAGAGGUAUGUGGGAGGAGGCGGAGCAGAUGCUGACGGAGGCGCAGGUGCGCGCGCCGCAGCAGCCCGAGCUUCUGCUGGGGCUGGCCGUCACCGCGGCUCACAGCGGCAAACCGCCGGAGGUAUCAGCGAGGUAUUUGGCGCAGCUACUGGACGCUCACCCCGACCAUCCGUUCUCCAAGGAGUAUACCGCCAAGACCAACGAGAUCAAACGCCUCGCCGCACACUACCAACCCUCCGUGGCGAGCUAGAUUAGUCCCUAACGCGUAUAUACAGAGUUUAUUAUUCCAUAAUCAUUACGAAAUAUAAUACAUAUAUUAUACAAAA